ACGUCAAUUUUAAUUAUUUACAAAGGAUUAAGAGUUUUUGGAGUCAAUGAUUUGCGAGUUUGCUGGAAGUCAGUGUAUGAAGUAAGCCAUUCAUCCAGGUUGGCUAAUGAGGAAUACAACAUGUGCUGAACAUUCUGGAUCACUGUAAACAGAAAGUGUCCACCAGUCUAGACUCUGAUAUGAUGCUUAAGAAGGUCCGAUUUCAGGACCCUUGUGUGUCAGAUCGAGUAAGUGACAACGAGCUGGUCAUGGAUAGUUUGAACCGAAAUCUUCCUGUUGGGCAUCAGUCUCAUCAAGUGCUGCAGAGCACUCCAUUGGACUUGAUUGAGACUGGGAAAGGGCUGAAGGUCCAAGCAGAGCGCCCCCAUUUGGUCAGUCUAGGAAGUGGCCGCCUCAGCACGGCCAUCACCUUCUUGCCCCUGUCUGAAGGCAAGACCACUCUGGGUCAUGGAGCCAUGGACAUCAACAUUCAGGGCCCAGGGAUUGCAGCUCAACAUUGCUUUAUCGAGAACAAGGCUGGAGUCAUCACUCUGCACCCCUGUGGAAACCAGUGUAGCAUGGAUGGACUUCCAAUCACCAAGCCUGUUCGAUUGUCUCAAGGCUGUAUGCUGUGUUUCGGCCAGUCCGCCUUUUUCCGCUUCAACCACCCUGAGGAAGCUUUCCGAAUCAAAAGUAUGUUGCCUGAGGGAGGACAAACAGCCAGUUUGAAAAACUGGACCCACACAGAUUCUGAGAACCUGGUCAAUGAGAAUCACUCAUCUGGAGCGCCAGAACCCCACCCAGUUUCCAACGAGAGAGUGCGUCCAGAGCACCGUGCCAUUGUCAGUUCCAUUGAGCAGGACCUUCAGGACAUUAUGGACUCGCUAGUCAUGGAUGAUCCUCAACCAGCUUCCUCUGAAUCAAAGAAGCCCUCUGGUCAGCCCAUCUCCAAGUCCCCUCUAUCCCCCAUGUUAAAUGGAGGUGGGCGCUUCCUUCUCUCUCCUCCAACGAGCCCUGGUGCUAUGUCUGUGGGCUCCAGUUAUGAGAACACCUCCCCUCCUUUCUCACCUCUUUCAUCCCCAUCGGCUGCCAGCAGUGGCAGUUACACAAGUCUCUCGCCGAGUGGUUGUCAGGACCAGAUUCACAUGCUUCCUCCUGUUCCAGUGAGGUCCUCCAGCUACAAUUACACCAGCCAGCCUCCCAUACCUCAGCCACGGACCAUACUGCCCAAUUAUUCCAGUAGCAGCAGUGGGUCAAAGGUGCCUGAGAGUCCCAGACUCCAGAGAAAGGCUCUUUUGGAAGCACCACCAAGCCCAAAGCCAGCCCGUAGGGGGUUGAACCAUGACAACUCAGUGGCUAGAACCCCAGACAGCCCCAUACAGAUUCACAUUCUGCCCUCUGUCUCCAUCUCUACCACUCCGACUGAUGGUCUAUCUGUCAGUCGGGUGCAAGUUCCAGGUAGCCCCAGAUUGACCCCCAAAUUCUCCACUGCAUCCCCAACUUCCUCACCCUCUAGUACCAGAACUAAAGCUCCCAUUGUCCUCCAGAAACGGCCCUCAAGUCCUUUCCGGGAGCAGCCUCAGCAAGACCAUUCCUUGAUGUCUAGCCCGCUCUCACCACCCUCGCGAUCUUUUCAGCCCCCCUUGGACCCCAUUGUACACAUCAUUCAGGGCGGACCUCCACUCCCGCACGCUUUACAACCUCCAGAAAGCCCACGGCUGGCCCGCAGGAACCUUGAAGGGAGCUGCAUGAGGGAACUUCCUCCUCUCAGCCCCUCCAUAGCUCGUAGGGGUGUUCCUGUACUCCCUGGAGCUCUACCGGGAACCCUACGUACCCCAGAGAGCCCAUCACCAAGACUGGUCCCAGAGAGCCCCAGACUCAGACGGAAAGCGGGCUCUCCUACGGAAGAACAGUUCAGUCCUCGUGUAAUGCGUGCUCGCAGCCCAUCGCCCACCUUGGAUGGGCGUAAGGGAAGUUUUGGGAACUCGCUAUCUUCGGCCUUCAGUCUAGGCUCUCUGCCUGGAUCAUCACCCCGAUCCAGUCCCAGGAGCCACAGGAAGAUGUCAGCGGGUAACAAAGACGUUCGAAUUCCUCACCCUGGCAUGAGGGACCGCAAAAACAGCAUCACAGAGAUUAGCGACAAUGAGGAUGACCUGCUGGAGUACCAUCGGCGCCAGAGAGAAGAGCGACUUAGAGAACAGGAAAUGGAGAGACUGGAACGACAGCGGCUGGAGACAAUCUUGAACCUCUGUGCGGAGUAUAACAAGGUUGAUGGUCCGGCGGGUGAUCUGGCCAGGAUGGGCAUCUCUGGACUUGAUUCAAGGGAGGGGCUUAAUGUCAGACAACCCUCCAUGGACAGUGUGAGCAGCGCUUCCUUGAGGGUGGCGCAGAGACAUCUUGAGAGCCAAGAGGAGAACCUGAAGCAGGACUGCAAUAGCACUGAGAGUGCACAGCAGGAUAGACGGGCCCCAACAGUUCUGCUGAAUGGACAGAAUGGACAGUCUGAAUACUCUCCAGGAUCUGGCAGCAUCAGCCGUCUGGAACUGGGCUACCUGGAAGAGGAGCGGGUUCAAGUGCUGGCAAAGUUAGAUGAGCUUAAAGCUCGAAUCACAGAACUGGAGCAGCAACUUCAGGAGUCCAAACAGGAGGUGGAGAUGGAGAGAGCUCUGCUGCAAGGAGAGAGAGAGGCUGAGCUGGAGCAAAUCGAGGCAGAGACGGAGAUUAUCAAUCAGCUGCAGCGCAAACUCAGUGAACUGGAGAGCACUUUCCAGAGAGAGAAAGACAAGGAGAGGGCUAAUGUUGACAACGAGCGGGAAGCCCUGGAGAGGCUUCAGGAUCGGUACAAUGAGUUGACGAGCCAGCUUCAUAACUGCCCUGAGUCUCUGAGGGAGCAUUUACAGGAACAACUCAAGAGGGAAGCAGAGACUCUUGAGGCUGCAACUAAGCAGUUUGAGGACCUGGAGUUCCAGCAGUUAGAGAAGGAAAGCAGUCUAGAAGAGGAACGAGAGACAAUCAGCCAGCAGCUGCUACAGGACAGAGCACAGUACCACAGCAGUGUGGCCAAAAGAAAGGAAAAGGUUGCAGCCCUGGAAAGCCAGGCCAGUCAGUAUGGUAUGCAAGCUGCUCAGGAGUAUGAGAGGCUAACCAAAGACAGAAGUAUCACCUUUCAGUUGCUACAGAAGGAAAAGGAGAGGUUGUCCAAUCUGGAGAGGAGAUACCAGAGCUUAACAGGUGGAAAGACUUUUCCAAAGAGCUCCAUCAAUAUAAAGGAGGAUGUGCUUCACAUCAGUGAGUCUGACCUAUUCAAUGAUGACCACUCCCAGUCCUCCACUUAUCAUGCUUCCUCAUUCCACUUACAUCCCACCAUGCCUCAGGAGGUGUACCGCUCCCGUCUAGACAGUGAUACAAGCCAAUCUUCAUCGAGACCUAAAGUCACCGCUGGCCUGUCCCCCACAUACACCACGGCUACACUCGGACGCAACACUUCUGCCAGGAGCCCUCUGAUGGUAGCCAACAGCACAGGGAGUCUCCCACGCAACCUGACAGCCACCCUGCAGGACAUCGAGACCAAAAGGCAGCUGGCCCUUCAACAGAAAGGCCAGCAAGUUAUCGAGGAGCAGCGGAGGCGUUUGGCCGAGCUGAAGCAGAAAGCUGCAGUGGAGGCUCAGUGCCAGUGGGAGGCGCUCCACGGCUCCCAGACGCAGCUCAACCAUCCAUUCUCCUCCAAUGCAGCCCCGGCAGUGCACCACUCCAUUCUCCAUCACACAGCACCCUCUGCUGAAGAACAAGCAUAUGACACCCUCAGUCUGGAGAGCUCGGACAGUAUGGACACUAGCAUCUCAACGGGAAACAACUCUGCCUGCUCCCCUGACAACAUGUCCAGUGCUAGUGGUAUGGAUGCUCUGAAGAUUGAGGAGAUGGAGAAAAUGCUGAAGGAGGCCCACUUGGAGAAGGCUCGACUCAUAGAGUCCAGAGAGCGAGAAACUCAUACCCGUAAACUGAUGCUGGACGAAGAGAGAAGGAGAAGAGAGGAGGCGGAGAAGAGGCUACAAGAGGAGACAGUACAUAGGCAGCAGCUCAUAGAGAAGGAGGUGAAGAUGAGGGCCAGAAACUUCUCUCAGAAAUUCAUACGGGUUUGGAACAACAUGAUGGCCCGUCCAAUGACACGCUACCUGCCCAUUCGCAAAGAGGAGUUUGACCUCCGUUCCCAUAUCGAGUCCUCAGGUCACAAUGUGGACACAUGCUACCAGGUCAUUCUCACCGAGAAGAUGUGCAAGGGCUAUCUCAUCAAGAUGGGAGGCAAGAUCAAAUCCUGGAGGAAGCGCUGGUUCGUCUUUGAUCGCCUUAAAAGGACGUUUUCCUACUACGGCGAUAAACACGAGAGCAAACUGAAAGGCGUCAUCUACUUCCAGGCCAUCGAAGAGGUUUACUAUGAUCAUCUACGCAGUGCCACAAAGAAAGGAUUUUUCAAUCUGAAUUUGACAAACAGUCCCAACCCCUCCCUGACAUUCUGUGUGAAGACCCACGACAGACUUUACUACAUGGUUGCGCCCUCUGCAGAGGCCAUGAGAAUAUGGAUGGAUGUGAUUGUGACAGGAGCGGAGGGCUACACGCAAUUUAUGAACUGAGAUACAAAAAAUAUUAAUAAUAUAGCUGCUCACUGACCUAGACGUCAAAAGGAAAACUGUCUGGCAGGGAGACUUCAAAUGACCCAGACCUGUUAUUCCUGAUGAAAGACUCUAUUUUGUUACUUCCUUUUUCUUCUUUUUCUGUUUCCUGAAGAUGUUGUAUAUUCACUCAGCUGCACAGACACACAUCCUCCAGAGGCCUUCUAUGCCUGGAUUGACAAAGGGAGCUCUAGAAGAUAAAAAGACCUUGUGAACCAAACCUGCAGGUGGUGGCUCACUUGCCAUCUAUGAAAAUGCCUUUUUUGCCAUCAGAGAUCUUUUUCAGUUGCAGUUUAUCUUGUGUGGACAGAAAUAUGUGUAUUAGACUUUUUUUUUAAUGUUUGUCCUGACGAUUUCUCUUUUAACUCAUAAUAGGGAAAAUGCCAAAUGACAUCAAGCCAUUCUGAAUAGUAUUUUGUUCAACUUAUUUGAUGGUAUUGACUGAUAUAAAAUGGCAAGAGGUGAUGUUUUUAAAUUACAUUUAUAAGAGUAUUAUAUUAAUAUAAGACCAUUUUAAGAGCUUUAGACCAGUGGUUCUCAACUGGUUUUGCAUCAGGACCCAGAUUUUACAUUGGACAUAAAGUGGCGACCCAACACAUUUCCAAAAUUGUUUAUGGGUCGAUGACAUGAUGCUAAUUUUUUGUCCAUAUCUAUUAAAUUAUUCAAAAAUACAUUAAAAAUACAAUUCUUACAAAACAAUUACUUGAAUACACCUCCUCCUUGAUGAACAUGUUUUCAAUUACUGAGUUCAUUUUGAUGUUUUUUCUGGGGCUUAAUGGAAAAAAUGCCAUGUGGUGUAACUGUCCAGAAAUGGUAAAAAAAAAAAAAAAAAAAGAAAA